AUGAGUUCUCUCAGAAGCUUUGCUGUCUCCGAAUCAUCGCUAUCGGAGUCUGCUGAUGUCACUAGGUGUCUUAUUGACGCUUCGCUUUGACUUCUUGUCCGCUUCUGGUUUUUCCUUGUUCCUGGGGCUUGUGUCAUCCUUCUCGAUUUUAUUUUCCUGUUCUUGAGCAUAGCUAUCUAGUGGUUGACUGAUGCGCUCUACCUUUCUUAUCCUCGGUGGCGAGUUUGUUGGUUCACUGGGUGCAAGGGUUUGUGUAGCAGCCCGUCCCGCAGGAGUGUCGCCCGAAGGCAUUUUCGCCUAUUGGACGAUAGUCUUCUCUUCGAUGUCGCGACAACUCUUCCUAAACACUAAAAUUGCAGUGCAUAUCCACAAAUACUACAAUCUAUCCGUGGCAGAUCCUUUCCUCCACAUCAAUUGGCCCCUGCGGAGUCGAAUGCCCGCUGAAUCCAGCCUCUCUGGGUAUAGUACCCUAGCGGCUUCUGGCGAUCAACGCCUCCGAGCGUAUGGAUUCCGUACCACUGUUUGUUUUUGCUGAAUACUGGCGGUUCUCCCAGGACGAUAUUC